UUAGUCAGUCUCCUUACUCUGUGGUCUCCUUGCCUCUAUUCUCUCUGCCAUUUCUCAUCUCUCAAGAGAAGUUAAGUAUCAAUCCUUACAUGGUAACUCCUGAGGCCAGGUGAGAGAAAGAGGAUUUUCACUGCCAGAAGGAAGGUUAGGCUAGUGUUAAAGGUCUGGUCUCUGUGUUUUGGAAGACAAAGGUUUAUUUCAUCAUGCAUGCUGUUGGGAUGCCAGGUGAAUAGUUUGUUUGUUUGUUCGUUCUCAGGGUCAUGGCCAUGGAGCUCUGGAAUCACACCUUCCUGUCAAACUUCAUCCUUACAGGCCUGUUCAGCUAUUCACCAUCUGAUUUAUUUCUGUUUUCCCUGGUCCUUCUGGUUUCUGUGGCCACCCUGGCUGGCAACAUCCUCUUCCUCCUGCUCAUCCAUGCUGACAGGCACCUGCACACCCCGAUGUACUUCUUCCUCAGCCAGCUCUCCAUCAUGGACUUGACCCUGAUGUGCACAGUGGUGCCCAAGAUGGCAGCCAACUUUCUCUCAGGCCAUAAAGUCAUCUCCUGGGGAGGCUGUGCAGCCCAGUUCUUUCUAGUGGUCAUGGUAGCAGGAGCAGAGUGUUUUCUCUUGGCAGUUAUGGCCUAUGACCGGUACGCAGCAGUCUGCUACCCUCUGAGAUACCCUGUGCUCAUGAACUGGAAGACCUGCUUUCUUCUGGCCUUGGCAUCCUGGGGGGGUGGGAUGGCUGACAGUGUGAUUGAUGUGACUAUGGUCUUCAGCUUCCCCUACUGUGGCUCUGUAGAGGUGGACCGCUUCUUCUGUGAGGUCCCUGCCCUGCUGCGCCUCUCCUGUGCUGACACCUCCCUCUUUGAGGACCUCAUCUAUGCAUGCUGUGUGGUCAUGCUGCUGCUGCCCCUUGGGGUCAUUGUGACUUCCUAUGCCAAGGUCCUCACAGCUGUGAUUAGGAUGCACUUCACUGAGGGGAAUCAGAAGGCUCUGACUACUUGUUCCUCCCACCUGACUGUGGUGGGCCUCUACUAUGGGGGAGCCAUAUUUAUCUACAUGCAGUGGUCUUCAACUAGGACACCAGCAGGCAACAGGGCCACCUCCAUCUUCUAUACUAUCAUCACUCCUAUUCUCAAUCCACUCAUUUAUAGCCUAAGAAAUAGAGAGGUAACCAGGGCCUGA